AUGUCUGAUACAGCCCAUAUUCAAGCGGUCACGCUAGACAAGUUCCUCACAGCAUGGAAAGACCAGGCUGUGGAAGAUACAAUAGCACUUUGGUCCGACGACUUUAAACAACAGUUGCUGCCUUCCUCACUAGGCGUGCCGAGUCAUUCGCGGGCUGAAAGCGAAAAGAUCUACCCGAAGCUGACGGGAAGUCUAAGAAACUGGAAGCUGGAUAUCAAGGAAGUUGUUCAUGAUGUAGGGAGGGGCACCGCAGCUGUAUAUGCAACUUCGCAGGCCGACACACCUUUGCCAAACGAGAAGUGGACAACCGACUUUUCCAUCUUUCUUUCUUUCACCGAGGAUGGGCUGAGAGUGAAUAGGCUAGAUGAGAUGGUGGAUUCGGGAUUCUAUGCCGAUUACUUCCCCAAGUUUCAGCAGUGGCUUAGAGAGAAUAUGUCGCCCAAAGAGGAGUCGCACUAG